AAUCUCUGCAAUAAUCUGCAGCACGCUGACGAUCUCAGUAUUGUUCCUAACGGUCCCUCCACUAACAACCGCCUGUAAACGGACACCCUGAGCCACAGCGUUCGUGUGCAAUCUACUGCGCACGCGCAAAGCGCUUGGUGACCUUUAACAUCACAGCCGUUUGUGCCCCACACAAUCAUGGCGUCGGUGGAUGAGCUGAAAGCUGUUCUGAAGGAUACAUUAGAAAAAGGAGGAGUUAUAGGUGAGCUAAAAGCAAAUGUCCGAGCAGCAGUGUUUCAAGCAGUCGACGAUCGGAGUGAACCCAAACCAACACUUUCUCAUGAAAAUCUUCUCAUAAAUGAACUGAUCAGAGAAUAUUUGGAGUUCAACAAGUACAAAUACAGUGCUUCAGUGUUAAAUGCAGAAGCAGGUCUGUCAGAGAUCCCACUGGAUCGUUCAUUUAUUGCCCGGGAACUGAAUAUAAUUGAAGAUGGAAACUCCCAAUCUGUGCCUAUUCUUUAUGGGAUUUUAGCACAUUUUUUACAAGGACAAGUCCAAAGAAAGAGGUUUGAAAACUCUAAGGAGCAACAUUUAAAAGAUGUCAAUCAAGAAAUAAUUCGGCUUCCACAGUCCAGCACCAGUGACGCCUAUGCUUAUCGUAACAUGAACCGAUAACAGCCUGCAAACACCCCGAUGCCUCCCAUAAUUCCCUGUUAUUCCUUUUAAAAGAAUGUGUUCUUGCAGUGUCGUCCUCUAACUUAAAUUCGUUUAUU